CUUUCUGCGUUAGCGGUCGAGAAUCUUUCCACUUGGUGGUGGAGGCUAUAAUAAGUUGAAUUUUAUUACAAGUUCAUCUCGCACUGAGCGGAAGCAGAAGUGUUCCGAGCAACUGUGUCAGAGUGAUUCCAAACGAUACGAAUGAUUAGGGAAGGGGUUCAGUGAAGACCUGGCGAAGAAUUUUCCACCCAGCUCUGGAAUGAAGGAGUUGAAGGACGUGAAAAUUUGCUGAAGAUCUGGAAGUCUGUGUGCAGUGACUAAGAAGUUGGGGGACCGCAAAUUGUUCAUAUUUGGGAGGCGUUGAACAAGUGGCCGAAUUUAGAAAGUAUGGCUUUUCCGAUAGUUUUUAAUUGUCCGGGCGUGAAGUGAGUGAGUUGUAUCAACGGUCUGGAAGAUGUCCCACCGAGGACAACGGUGCGGGACUUCGCGCGAAUGGGUCACUUUGGUACCAGUAGUCCCAUAAAAUCAAGUACAAUUUGUUAUGUAAACCUCGCUCGCAGUUUGACGAAGAGGACAACGGUGCGACCGACGGCUCUCCAUCUCGGGAACGCGCGAGAUCGCACUUUUACUUUGGCUCACCGCGGUCGACAACGACGGCCAAGACCCAGCUUCUGUACCGAGAAGAGCUCUCAUUGAAAGCCGAUUGGGUAUUUUGAGAAAUUAGUGUCGAACGGCUUACUUUGUGACUUAAUUCUGUGUUUUGCGUCUACGGCCGGCGUUUCAAAUUUGCCGAGUUAUUUUAACUCUUCCUUUUUGGCCCCGAAUUUCUGUGGGCAGCUUAUCGAGUGACGGCGUACUGUGCUGCGGCGGUUGCAAACUCAGGGUCAACUUCCGCGGACGGGAGAUCCUCGGAUCACGUGAGACACGAAAACGGUGCAAUCUGCGGAUCCGACGAACGUUAUAUCCUGUGCGGGUGUGUCGAAGGUGUUAUCAUUUUCUCGACGAAUUAGUUUCUGUGUUUUCCAAACGGCGUUCCGUUGUUAAGGUAUUCGCGCUAUCUGAUUCAAUUAAAAACGACAAACACAUUCUCGCAGCCGUGGAUGCGAUUUGUGCGCGUCUCUCCAAUUCUCUUAUCGGCCGGUGGAGCCUCGGCUGUAGCGUGUAGAGGUAGAGUGCGAAUAUUUCGGCGGUUGUUUAUUUUUUGCCAAAGCGAAGAAAGUGCCCCAAGGAGAAGAAGAGUUGACCGAAAAAGGGGUUCACCGUGUGUCGGUGGCUAAUCAUCAUCCGAACGCGAGAAGCGGUGGUGUGAUUGCGGUGCGGAAACACGUUCGUACUUUGUUGCACAAGAGGAGGUGUCUCUUAUCAGCGGCGGUAGUGCUGCGAAUAGCGCACCUUGCACCCCGUGUACUGCUCUAUCCGGUAGAAGCAUAGACGUUGUUCGGUGACUCGUUCGAAUCGAAUGGUGCGUGGAGCGGCGCAGAAAUCGCUGGAAAGGCCGAUGGUAGUGAUAGUGCGAGCUGUGCAACGUUAUCGAUUGGACGAAGAAACAGAAAAACGUUUGCGCAGCGUGACGAAUGAUGAGGCAGGCGCAACCUCACCAAGCAGAGCUAUUGAAGAACGAAGCUAUUCAGAGGUGUGAUGCGGAACGGUCGCUAGUGCGAAUCUUAAACUGAAACUCGUGCAGACAGCAGACGACGACACAUCACACUCAAAAUCGAAUUCUAGUUUGAAGUGCGUGCUCCUCGGUGAGUGAGUGCCCCCAACUUUCCCGUGCCCAGAUUUUACUCAAACCAGAAGCGAUUGUACAUACGGGGGCCAGCGGGAAACAGAAGAAAAUUCUCAAUCUAGUGGGGCCCUCGAUUUGACGGCGGAAUGUUGUUGCCUCGUGUCAGUGUCAGUAGGUGAUGGGCGACAAGAAAGCGAAAACCCAGUGCAUGGCGUUGCACGGUCCCAAUCGGAAGUGUGUAGAAUUCGUGUCAGUCGGGUAACAGAAUAAAAAAAAAGUUCUAACGGAAGACGGGUACGGCCGGGGAGUUGGGCGAAGGGUUGAAUUCUGAGUGAGCGAGAGCAAUGGGCGGUCAACGACUGGGGACGUAUCUGCCGUACAAUCGCAAGCGUGAAAACCAAGUGCUUCCCGAUCGACAUCAGCAUUGUGGGUUGAUGGUAACCUGAAAGCAACUGACGAAGGGGGGAAAGUUUUGAUUGAAAUAUUAUUUUUUCCGCGAAGAAGACCGCAUUGUUAGUUUUCUAAGAUAGGCGUCGACGAGUGUACAUUUGUUGAUGAUCAGUGGAAGACUUCGACGGAGGGCCCUGGCCCUGCUGGGAGCCCUCCUGCUGGUCAUUUUGAUAUGGCCUCCGUGUUGUGCGACGAUGCCGAAACCACUGCCAGCCGUGAUGCCAACCGUUCCGGAGAUAGACCUCCCCUCGGACCCGGUGCCAGCGGUUUCCAUUGCCAGCCCCAUCCAGCAUCAGACAAGUGCCAACAAGAGCCGCAAAGUGAGCGAACUCAGUCGCUUCAUGAACGUACUCCUGGUGGGGAACUACGAGGAUGGUGGUGACACCGGAGGAAGCGAACUGCACCACAACUCGACUCAGACCGUCGGCAGCCGUGUUAGAACUGCGAACUCAAGCAGCAGCCAAAACCGAACAACACUAAAUUUACGACGGCCUGAAAAUAACACCGCCGGUUAUUCAAUUGAGAGCUCAAUCGAUAAAAAUAAAUCAAAUCUACAACAAACCGCUGACUCUACUCCCGUGCAACGAGUGAAGUUAGAUAACAACGCUGACGAUGACGCCUCAACCGGCAGCCCCAACGCCGAAACGAGGAUGCUCGACGCUCGUUAUCACGCGGAGCCACCACAACAGCAGAUAACGCACAAUCCUACCAUUUACAGCAUUCUGUCGCACAGAAUGUUCCCUCCGCUGGCAUCGUCAUCGUCGGCGGCGAUUCCACAAGUUCGCAGCACAGAUGAUCACCAACCUGCGGUGCUGCCUAUUCGAAACGAGGUCGACGACCGCGGCGACGACCAAAACGCCGUCAAUCAAUCAGUAUUCAAUCCCGCCGCUGCGUUCAUCUCCGACAUCUCCCCCGACGAGGAUGGCCACCGAUCGGACCACUCGGGGCCAGUUCUGUCGAGGGUCGGCCGGAGUGCCUCUCCGCCCCAUCACCAUCGGCACCAGCACCAUCUGAGCGGUAAUGGAACCCUAAUGGCACCUGGCAGCGGUGGGCGGGGACGGGGUGCGGGACGCCACCACCAUCACCAGCAGCAGCAACACCACCGCAAUGGAUCGGCCGGCGGCGGUGAUUCGUCCAAUCUAGAACGCAACGAACGAUCGGCAAAUCUGUCGCACAUUACUGGCGCGAACCGCAAGAUUCAGCUCUACAUCAAAAAUCGAUACCUGCAGCUGCUGGCCGACGGGACCGUCAAUGGGACGCACGACGAUCAGAGCGAUUUCAGGGAGCUCGCAGAGGUGGUUUAGCUCGAUAGCUCGUCCCAUCCCGUUUGACAACGCAGCGUGACUACGAGCUGCCUUUUGCAUGGUGACACGGCGAGUUGGUAUGUCUGUCGAACUCUGCCGCCAGGUGUUGAUAAGUAUCACUCAUUGACGCUUGUUUUUGCAUAAAUUGGGUGCAUAUUUUGCAUUCCUGCGGUGAGACUGAUGGGGUAAGUGGAGAAGCUGUCGAUAAGCAUGAAACUCGUCUUCGUCGCUUCCCGCAACAGGGUUGGAUUGAGGGAGAUAGCAACUUUUGGAUAAUUUACCGACACAAAAAAUGAAUU